AUGGUGUCAUUCCGCUUCCCCUUCUCGUUUUCUCAGCCCCCGAAUCCCACUCCCGCCUCCGCCCCUCCUUCAUUCGCCGCCGUCACCCUCGCCGCCGGUGCUGCCGCAUUUGCCGGACUCGCUGCAGCCUGCACGACCCGACAUCAACCCGCCCAUUUCUCCACAACGCACUCAACUUGUGCCAUGUCCCUGAACGACGCUCCGGCCUCCGUCGUAGAUUCCAAGACCGGCAUGUCGUUUCUGUCGUUGCUUGACGGGACCCGAAGGCUGCUGGGAAUUGGGUUGAGGAGAAAACGCAUUCUGGGGUUGAAGAACAUCGAUGUGUAUGCAUAUGGUAUUUAUGCUGAGGACAAAGAUGUCAAGAAAUUGCUUAGCGAAAAAUAUGGGAAAUUGUCCGUUUCUGAACUCCUGGAAAAUAAGGAGUAUAAUGAUGCACUUCUGGAGACUGAUAUUGGGGCGACUGUUAGACUUCAAAUAGUUUAUGGCAAAUUGAGCAUUGGUUCUGUACGUAGUGCUUUUGAGGAGUCUGUAGGAACCAGACUUCAGAAAUUUGGGGGUAUCAACUGCCAAUCUGAUAGUUAAAUUUAUUGUACGUUCACUUCUUAAUUUAAGGAUGAAAUUAAAAUUCCACGAGGAUCUAUUAUAGAUCUUUCAAGGGAACCAGGCUAUGUACUUCGAACAACCAUUGAUGGAAAUGAUGUAGGAAGCAUCCAGAGCAAAGUCCUCUGUAAAUCAAUUCUGGAUUUGUUUAUAGGUGAGGAACCUUUUGAUGAACAAGCCAAAGAAGAUGUGAAGCUCAAUUUGGCCUCUGUCCUUCAGGAGUAGAUGAAUGUCAUUUAGAA